AUGCACCCUGACAACAAACUGCCCAGCCAUGGCAAGGCAGGCAGCAGCGGUGCCCCGGCCCAGCACCACAACGUGAGCCAAGCACCCACCUGCAACCUGGGCUCUAAGGGUGUGGGGGCGGGCAGCCAUGGCGGCAAGGCCACUCAGAUCUCCCCUGGCAACUCUGGACUGAAAAACAGCCAGAACGCUGUCCCAAACUUCAGCUCCUUGAAGGGCAAGGUGAAACGGGAACGAAGCAUCUCGGUGGACUCUGGAGAACAGCGAGAAGCCAGCACCCCUUCACAGGACGCAGAAUCAAAAGGUGAGGUGGCUCCCCGUAGCAAGCGACGGUGCGUGCUGGAAAGGAAGCAGCCGUACAGUGGGGAUGAAUGGUGCUCUGGGCCAGACAGCGAGGAAGACGACAAGCCCAUCAGCAGUGCACACAACUGUAAUGUAGCAGACCCUGCGAUGUCCACGGCCCCGCAGCUUGGCCCAGGGUCCAACCCGCUGCCGAACCUGAGCGAGACCAGCGCUCCCAGCGUGCCCCAUGGUGCUGCCCCCAGCUUACGGCCAGACGCUGCAGGAGGCGGCGGCGGCGGAGCAGGAAAGCAGCCUUCACAGUUCGUUUACGUCUUUACAACGCACCUUGCUAACACAGCUGCGGAAGCUGUCCUGCAGGGCCGAGCCGACUCCAUUCUGGCCUACCAUCAGCAGAACGUCCCACGGGCAAAGCUAGACCAGGCGCCAGCUCCUAAAGUGCUGGGGGUUGCUGAGCCGCUUCCGAUUAACCCUCCUGCUGCCAACACUCCACAGUCCCAGCCGCCGGCACCUCAAACGAGCCAGCCGCAGCCUACCCCACCGCAGCCACAGCCUCAGACCAUCAGUCAAACACCUUUGCCUGCACCCAGCAGCCUGCCCCAGGAAGGGACAAGUGAAGAUGUCCGGAGAGAUCUGACUCCCAACUCUUUGGGGAACACCAGCGGCAGCAACCAGCCUGGAAGUAACCCCCCAAACACGCCCACCGCGCCUGCCAACACCAUGCAGCCUGGGCCAGUGGAGUCCUCCGCCACGUCCAGCUCCAGCCUGCUCGGGGAGGGCCCGGGUCCAGGGCUGCCGGGGAACGGGCAGGCAGCCCCCGCCAGCAUGAAGAAGUAUGAAGAGCCUCUGCAGUCCAUGAUCUCCCAGACCCAGAGCCUCGGCGGGCCCAGCCUGGAACAUGAGGUGCCCCACCACGCAAGCGCUGACAUGGGGCAGCAGAUGAACAUGAUGAUGCAGCGGCUGAACCAGGACAGCCUGACACCGGAGCAAGUGGCCUGGAAGAAUUUGCAGGAAGAGUACUAUGAGGAAAAGCGACGGAAAGAGGAGCAGAUCAGCAUCCAUGGCCGGCCCAUGCAGGAGAUCAUGAUCCCGCAGUCGAUGGGGAGCAUGAUGAUGCGUGGGCCCCCGCCACCCUACCACAGCAAGCCUGGAGAGCAGUGGCCACCGGGGCUGGGCAGGGGACCCAUAGACGUGCAGGACCCGAUGCAGCUGCGGGGAGGGCCCCCCUUCCCGGGGCCGCGGUUCCCUGGGAGUCAAAUGCAGAGGGUCUCUGGCUUCGGAGGGAUGCAGAACAUGCCCUUGGAUGCUCUUGGGGCCAUGAAUACCAUGCAGAGGCCGGUCAGGCCCGGCAUGGGGUGGAGUGACGAUAUGUCUCCUAUGGGAGGCCCCGGGAGCUUUCCACAAGGCACCCUGCCCUACCCGUCAGGGCAAGGGGACCCCGAAAGGUUCAUGAAUCCCCGCGCCAGGGAGGAGAUCCUGCGGCAUCAGCUGAUGGAGAAACGCCCGGUGGCGAUGCAGAGGCCCAUGGCGAUGUCCGGCAACUCCAUGAGCCAGGGCAUGGAAAUGGAGAGGAUGAUACAGGCUCACCGGCAGAUGGAUCCAUCCGUGUUUGCUGGGCAGAUAACGGGGGACAGCCUGAGCAGUGCCCCGAUGGGAAUGGAUUUUGCAGGCACUCGGGGGAUGCUGAGCCCCCCUAUGAGUCAGUCAGGCCUUCGGGACAUGGACGCGGCCAUGGGCCCUGGCAACCUCAACAUGAACAUGAACGUCAACAUGAACAUGAACAUGAACCUCAAUGUCCAGAUGACCCCGCAGCAGCAGAUGAUGAUGUCGCAGAAGAUGAGGGGCCCCGAUAUGAUGGCCCACCAGGGCAUGAGCCCUGAGGAGCUGGCCAGGGCGAGGGCUCAGAACGGCAAUGGCGCCGCAAUGCUGGGGGGACCCCAGAAAAUGAUGAUUCCCUCCCAGUUCCCCAACCAAGGACAGCAAGGCUUCUCAAGCGGGCCAGGGCCUUACCCCAACAUGCCCCAGGAGAUGGGCAGCGCCUCGGACAUGUUCAGCCCUGAGCAGGGCUCCAUGCCCGUCGGGAGCAUCGGCGGCACCACCAGACUCAGCCACAUCCCUCUGCCGCCGGCUUCCAAUCCCGCUCCCGCACAAGGGGCCAACCUGGCCAACAUGCACCCUGCACCUUCCCGGGGGCUGGGCCGCCGGCCCUCUGACCUCACCAUCAACAUCAGCCAGAUGAACUCCCCCAGCAUGGGUCACCUCAAGUCUCCCACCCUCAGCCAGGUGCACUCGCCGCUGGUCACCUCCCCUUCUGCCAACCUCAAGUCCCCACAGACGCCCUCGCAGAUGGUCAGCAUGCCGCCUUCAAACCAGUCUGGACCCCUCAAGUCCCCCCAGGUGAUGAGCUCCUCGCUUAACGUCCGGUCUCCAACUGGCUCACCGAGCCGCCUGAAGUCCCCUUCUAUGGCCGUUCCUUCCCCUGGCUGGGUGCCGUCUCCCAAAGCCACCAUGCCCAGUCCUGGAGUCAACCAGAGCAAGCAGACUCUCAGCAUGAACUCGUCUACUUCCAUGGGAGGACUGGAUCAGGGUUCUCUCCCUUCUGGGCCUCGGAGCAGCUCUUCCGCACCAGCCAGUAACGCCUCUAGCACCAUGAAUCCCAACAUGCCUUUUACUUCCUCUCCAGAUCCAUCCCCCUCCCAGAACCCCCUCUCGCUGAUGAUGUCCCAGAUGUCCAAGUAUGCCAUGCCCAGCUCCACACCGCUUUACCACAACGCCAUCAAAACUAUCGCCACCUCUGAUGACGAGCUGCUGCCAGACAGGCCUAUGCUCCCGCCUGGAAGCAUGUCAGGCGUGACGGGGAAUCAGACGAAUCAACUGCACUUGAACUCCGUGGGGCCUGGAUCCUCUCAGAGCCCCAUGGGAAUGAACCUGCCUGGUCAGCAACCCCUCUCCCAUGAACCGCCCCCCACCUCCAUGAUGUCAUCGCCGAACCCUCUGGGCUCCAACAUUCCUAUGCACCCGCCGGGGGCCGGCGUGCCCCCCCAGAGCGCCAUGAUGCUGCCCCCGGGGCCCCAGGACUCGUUGAACCAGCAGUGCGGCCCCGUGCCCAACAGUUCGCAGAUGAUUCCUUCCAACCAGCUCGUGUUUCCCCGUAUGCAGCAGCCCCACGGCGCCAUGCCGUCUCCCGCUGGCAAGAACAUCCCUCCGCGGAUCGGCGAGCCCUACCCGCCCGUGCUUCCCGGGGUAGCGUCAGUGCUGAACGACCCCGAGCUCAGUGAGGUCAUCCGCCCCACGCCCACGGGCAUCCCCGAGUUUGACCUGUCCAGGAUCAUCCCGUCGGAGAAGCCAAGCAGCACCUUGCAGUAUUUCCCCAAGAGCGACAGCCAAGCCCCCAAAUCGCAGCCUUCCAACCUCCACCUCAUGAACCUGCAGAACAUGAUGGCUGAGCAGCCCCCGGCGCGGCCAGGUAUGAAUGCCCCCAGCCUCCCCGGGCAGCAGGGCGUGCAGAGGGGACUCGGCAUGCCCAUGUGCCAUCCGGGACAAGUGCCCAUGCUGGGCAGGACAGGCAUACCGCCCCAGCAAGGCAUGAUGGGCAACAGCAUGCACCAGGGCAUGAUGUCUCCACAGCAGAGCCUGAUGGCCCAGCAGAACUUCAUGCUGAUGCAGGCCAAGCAGAGGAGCAUGUCUGUGUCGGGGGAGAUGUACGCGCAGACGGGACACAUGAUGUCGCCUCAGGGCUCUCUCAUGGGGCCCCCGCCUCAGCAGAACCUCAUGGUCACGCACCAGAUGAGGCAGAGGAGUGUCUCCCUGGACAGCCAGAUGAGUUACAUCCCUGGGCCUGGGAACAUGGCGAACCUGCCUUUCUAA